UUGAGGACGCUGUUCGUAUGUCACUCGCGAACUCCGAGUUUUCCGAGCGGGGUUUCGAAUGCGUUCGAAUUUCAAAUGAUCUGUCAUCAUCAUCACAGAUAUAGUGAGAUAGUGAGAUUUUUUUGCGUGACUUGUAAUUUUUUUUUAGUAUACUUAAUUAUUUUAAUGGACUAUUAAAAUAUUAGUGUUUAUCUUUAAUUAAAUACAAUAUAAGUAGGUAAGUAAAAUUGAAUCAAAACUCACUAAAAAUAGUUAUCUAUUGAACGUAUCGUGUGAAAUCGAUGAAUUUUGUGGCACUAGAAAGCUGUACCCGUACAUAAUAACGGUGAAAAUUGCCGAUUCCGUAAAAGGGAUAAAGUGAAUGAACAAUAAAGCAAAACUUUUUAAGUUUGAUCAUGGAUUGCAAAAGCAAAUCGCAGAGCAACCGGCAGUUCACAACAAUGCAUCGACAGAGAGUUACCUAAUACCCUGAAAAUGGAAUGAACCAGCCGGAUAUGACGAAUUUCACUUAUCUACUAGACCCCACGCUAGAAGAUUUGAAAUGCCAAUUGAUCUCUGGCACCAGUUGUGCAAACGAAACUAUUGUCAACGGUCUUGAAUGUGUUCCGAAGAGCUACGGGAGUUCUAUAGAAUAUAGCUGUGAAUUGAAUUUGGAUAUUCAAAAUGAGACCUCCUACACCUGCCUCAAGUGCACGAAUAAUUCCUUGGAUCUGUUCGGCAACAACACUCUAUGCAACUCUCGACUCAAGCUGAAUAUGCUAGGAACGCUAUACGAGAGUGCCAUAAAGAACUUGUGGUUGAAGAUACCUGAUUUAAACAUUUGUGACUGGAACACGUUGUCAUGUUUCAAUGACUCAAACAGAACACUAUACAGUGAUGCUUUAAAUAGUUUUAAUAGUAAUUCUUUCAAUGAAACUUUUCAGUGUAAGUGGGACAUGAGGAAUGAGACGGAUAAUUUUAUAAGUGUGGAGUAUGAUUGGAGUUUUUUGUUCGUGAUAUUGUUCAUAGUGGCCGGUGGUGUUGGCAAUAUAUUGGUGUGUCUGGCCGUGUGCUUGGAUAAAAGAUUGCAGAAUGUGACGAAUUACUUCCUGCUGUCGUUGGCGAUCGCCGACUUGCUCGUCAGCUUGUUCGUGAUGCCAAUGGGAGCUAUUCCAGGAUUCUUAGGUUAUUGGCCGCUGGGCGUAGUGUGGUGCAACGUGUACGUGACAUGUGAUGUGCUCGCGUGCUCGGCGAGCAUUAUGCACAUGUGCUUCAUCAGUAUCGGCAGGUACCUGGGUAUCAGAAACCCUUUGAAGAGCCGCCAUCAUUCCACAAAACGGGUUGUCGUCAUCAAGAUAGCUCUGGUUUGGUUACUGAGCAUGUUCGUGUCCAGUUCUAUCACAGUUCUAGGUCUCAUCAACAGAACCAACAUAAUGCCGACACCAGAGCUGUGCGUGAUCAACAACCGCCUGUUCUGGGUGUUCGGCUCUCUGGUCGCGUUCUACAUUCCUAUGCUCAUGAUGGUGGUGUCGUUCGCGUUGACUGUGCAGCUGCUGAAGAGCCAGGCGAGGUUGGCCGCCACUCCAGUGCCCGGAGGGUCGCACAGGAGGCAAUGCGGCGGGUUCGACAACGGGCAGCAGUGCGUGAGAAGGCUGGGAGCGAGGAGUUCUCCCGACCUUUCACCAAGCACUACCGUGUCCAGACAGCUGACAUGGCGGGUCACCUCCACAUCCAGGCCGCAGCGCAAUAAAAUCGGCAUGAGCGUCUCCCAUCCACAACUAAGCUACAUGAAUGGUUGCGGCAACGGAACUGGCUCGGUUUGUGCCAGACGUGGCCGCGAUGUGGCCACUCAAACGCCACCCAGCAUAGCCGCUGAGACACGGAGAGCGAGGCUCAAGCCAUUGAAACUAUCACUGGCAGCUCCAAAUGCUUUGUCUUUGAGAUUUCUAGCCAACCGCAAGAAGGACAGGUCAAUGUCUGCUAACGCGGUGGCAAAUGAGCAGAAAGCCACUAAAGUCCUCGGUCUGGUCUUCUUCACCUUCGUGCUAUGCUGGGCGCCAUUCUUCCUCCUCAAUAUACUGUUUGCUUCAUGCCCUGCUUGUAUAGUGCCAGAACACGUGGUGGACAUUUGUCUCUGGCUGGGCUACGUGUCGUCCACCAUCAACCCGAUCAUCUACACAAUCUUCAACAGAACAUUCAGAGCAGCGUUCCUCAGACUCUUGAGAUGUCAUUGCAGCAGAAGGGGUCGUUGCACUCGCUAUAGAUCAGUCGGCUCGACUCGCGGCGCCUCCCAGCUUUGCGCGCGAUCUGCGUUGCCCCUCGCGAUAUCCUUGCGGCCUUCCGCUAUGCCCACCACUUCGCCGCUGGUGCAGGAAACUACAGAGACUGUGCUCAUGGAACCACAGUUGGGUGAUUUUAAAUUGCGCUAUUAAGAGGAGAUUCUUCGUAGCGCGCUUCAUACUAACGUAGUUUGGUUCUCAUAUGAAUUUUUUCGACACAUUCUCGAAAUUAAUAUCUGUAUUUGUUAUUUUCCUGAUUUAUAUAACGCCGCUGCGCAUGCAAAAUCCGCUAUGUAUUUUUUUAAAUUUUAGUUUUUUUUUAGGAUUUUGUUCAAU